AUGGAGUUUUGUGAAGAAGAAAAGUUCUUGUGGGAACUUGAACAGGAUGAACAGGACAUGGUAGACAAUAAGAAUGCAAAUAUGACAAAAUAAAGUCAAAAAAAUUAGAGACAGCUUUAAGACAAAGCGUUCAAAGCGAUACACUAACCCUAAAACUAGAAUUUCUCGGCUAAAAUUGAUCCCUGAAUCACCAAAGAAACAAAAGAAGCUUUCCUUAAAGAAGAAGGCAUCUCUUGAAGCUAGAUGAAGAUAUUUCAUGCUUAAAUAAGUACAUUUGUACACCUUUCACACAUUGGAGGACCCUAUAUAUCUAUAAAACUAAAUACCAACCUCAGAAGCUCCAUUGGCAUCUCAUGAAUCUCAAGUGAACUCUGGUGAGGCCAGCUUUUAAUAAGAUCAGAAAAGCAUUUAAAGAAAACCCCACUCAAAAUUCCCACAUGAACCUAGACCUUGGUCUCUCGCUAUCAAAGAUUGAAAACACUGAAGAGAACAGAGAUGUUAAAUCAGCUAGAAAGAAAACCAAUAUUAAACAGCUUCUGUCCCCACCGAAGACACCCAAAAGACCUCAUGGGGUUCUUACUCGUAAAGAGAUAAAGUCUGUUUUAUCUGAAUUCAAAAAGAAGAAGAAAGCUAAGCAGAGGUUACAUUACUAACAGAAAAAUAGCUAUUACCUCAUAAAGGAUUCAAUUUUU